AACAGUUAUCAAAGAAACACCAGAAACAACAACAGAAAGAACAACAGAAACAACAACAACAGAAACAACACUAGAAAUGAGCAAAGACAGAACCACUACGAUGCAAUUGAUAACAACAACACAAGUUGAAGAAACGAAACCUCCAAUAGAAACCAUACAGACAACAAAAAUUGUUAAACCGAGCAUCAUUACUGAAAAGGAAGGGCUACUCGAAAUAACCACCCAAGAAGAUAUCCGAACAAGUGAGAAAAUUAUAGAUGUACAUACACAGAAACAAACACCAGGUACUAUAGAAACCACUUCCAGAACAACGUCGGAUGAAAUUAUAACAACUUUAAAACCUACUGCAGAAGUAAAAGAUGAAACCAAGGCUGUCGAUAACAUAACAGUAACAACAGAAACACCAAAAGUGACAACAAAUAUAUUUGACAUAAUUUAUUACCUUAAUGAAACAUAUGAAACAACAGAAUCAGGAACAACAGAAGUCACUGAACUACCAACUAAUGCGUCAGAGGUUACUUAUACACAGACAAUACUAAAGGCUGUAACAACAACACCAAAGGAAGAUGCAAAUCAAACAUCGACUACAUCUCCGUCGACUGAAUCCGUAAGCAAGGAAUCAUCGACUGUUUCUGAAAUAUUGCCUGUUGAGACAACAAUUGAAAAAGAAAUUUCAUUUACAACACAGACUGAUAAAACUACAAGUAUUGAAGUUACAACACUUCAAUCGGCGCAGAAAGUGACAGACGAAAUUAUACAAGUAACUUCCGAUAUAACAACAGACAAGCCAAAGGAAACUAUUACUGGGUCAAAAGCAGAAGAAAUAUUUAUUGAAACGACAACUGUACAUGUAGACAGCAUCAGUAGUCGUAUAACAGAACCUGCUAACAUUACAAUAACAGAAUCGCCUCUAACAGUGGAUCACAACGUGUCGACUUCAACCACUGCCAAAAUGCAAGAAAGUACUAUUCAGAUCAAAACAGAAAUCGCAACUGAAUUUUCGAAUGCAACUUUGCCUUCAUCCGUGACGACCUCUCAAGAAACGGAGAUAACAACAAGUUCAGAAAUUGUUGACGAAACAAAACAACCAACUGUCACAACGAUCCCCGCUGAUGAUGUCACUUCAACAGUGAUACCAGAAGACACAGGAUUUGUCACCACGCAACAAUCGUCAGAAGCUCUUAAAAUUCUUGUUAAUGAAACAAUAGGCGAACAGGGAAUUACAGAGCCUGCGCCAAUCUUAAAUGUAUCUUCAAUAUCUGAUAUACUAACAACAAGGGCAAUUGCAACUGAGAGUGAACCAUCUUCCACAACUAGCAUCACACUUAUAGAAACUACAAAAGUUGAGGUAGUUAAAGAUUCAGUAACGGAGAGAUAUAACAAAACUGUGGGACCUGAUUCUACACUCGACAAGAAAGAUAUGCAAACUUCACCAGAAACAAUACAUGCUCAGUUAACUACUGUAGCUGCACCGGUUACAAAUGCAACAACAAUUAUGGACACCGCUAAGCUAGAAGAAGUAAAUGAAACGUCAAGUAAAGGCCUAGAGUUGACGACUGACGCAACUGAGUCUUCGGAUGUGGUCGAACAUAUAACAAAGAGUUUAACCGGCGUUAGUGAAAUUGUUCCCCUUAGCACUACAGACACAUACGGUUACAAUACUUCUGAUGUGUAUUACGAUUACGAAACAACUACUUCAAGCGAAGUAUCAGUAGAACCUUCAACUGAAUUACCUGUGGAGUUAGUAUCCACACAAGCAACAAAAGUAUCUGUUGUGCAAGAAUCAAGUACACAAGGUGUAACUGAACAAACUGCACGCGAAGUAACCACUCCGAUUUCAAAGACCUCUUCGGCAGAAACUGUUGGUACUACCACAUCAAAAUCUGAAAUUACACAAGAAAAAACACAAAUACCUACAAGUACAGAGGGAAUAAAAGUAACCACGCCACCAACAACACAAAUAGCCCAGAGUGAUACAUCUGUUGUUUCCGAAGUAGAGAUUACUACCCAACAGCAAUCAGUGACAAGUCUUCUUCCUAACGUAACUACACGUACUCCAGAUGAAGUGACAAUAACAUUUUCUAUUGUAGCUUCAUAUAAAUCAACCGAUGAAAUAAAUGCAACAACACAAUCUACCGAUGCUUCCACACUACAUAUUCAAAUAGCAACGACCAAAGACGCACAGUCGGUUGAAAAAACAACGGAAAUACCCGUUACAGUUAAAACUUCAUCUAAGAUUCCCGCAACAGAACAAGUUGAAGCAGUUACAUCAUCAAUUGGCAACGAUACAGCACCAGCAGAUGUAACAACACAAGUUGUUCAUACCGAGAGCCUUGCUAUAGAGAAAAUAUCAAAGCCUGUCAGUGAAGUAUCACCUACUGUUACAGUGACCACCGGAAAUGGAUCUGCUACAGAUGAUGUAAUUAGUACAACUAUUUCAACAGCUUCUGUAAUAAAUGAAACUGAAUCGUUUUCAUCUGUACCAUCGUCUAAUGAAACAACAUCGCCAUCUACAACUGAAGUUGUACCGAGCCACACAUCGGCAGAAACUGUUCCAGAUCUUAUUGAACCUGCACAGACUACCACAGAAAGACAAGCAGAUUCUCCUUCUCGGUUAAUAAACACCACAGAUACAAGUUUAUUAACGACAAAACAAGUAUUUAAUGACUCUACAGCCAGUGUUUUAGAUAUGGAAUCAACAACCAUCAGUGAUUCUGUGCAAGAGACGUCACCCGCUGAUAUGAUAAGCGAAACAUUCGCAACAGAAACACCGGUAAAUGUUACAGAUACGAUCUAUGCUGACAACAUGACAACAGUUAAUAUGCAAGAUACGUCAGAGACAAGAAAUGCAACCGAUAUAUUUAAUACAACAACAACGACGGCGACAACAACAACAACGACAACAACAACAGCAAAAACCAGCUGAGGAAG